AUGCACGUGGCGCGUGGCCACCCCGUCGCGGACGCCGACGACGCAGCGGCAGACCGAGGGGCAGAAAUCUCCGUGGCGGCAAAACCCGACGUCGCGUCUGUUUCGUCUGGCGUUCAUGCGAGCCGCAGCGCUCCAGCCGCCACGGCAUCCCCUGCGCCUCGCACAGAUGAAAACGCAGCAGCCGCGGCGUCCGCAGCCGCGCCCGCACGGGACACUGUCGUGCCAGCGGCGCACGCGCAACUCGCUGGGAGUGUUUGGGCCUGGGGCAACCCAACUGACGGCCAGCUCGGCCUUCGCCUGACCAACGACCACACGCUUGCCGUCCCCGAGCCGACCGAGCUCGAAGCCUUCUCGUCCGUUUCAAUGUCGACGUUGGCGUCAGCAAUAGCAUGUGGACGCGCACAUACUCUGUUUCUGGUCGACGGACAAGUCUACUCGUGUGGCUCCAAUGACCAGGGCCAGCUGGGUCACAAAAAGCAUCGCUCGAAGCCAGAACGAGUCGACGCGCUGGAGCCGUACACCAUCACCCAAAUUGCAUGUGGUGAAACACACUCGCUGGCACUCACAAGCAAUGGUCAGGUCUUUGCGUGGGGCGACAACAAGGCCUCGCAGCUGGGCCUCACUCCUUCCGAGAGCAGCCGGCAGCCGUCGACGCGCUCCUCUGCACCCAAGACGGCAGCAGCUUCCAUCGACGAUGUGGACGAGCUGGACGCCGCUACACUCGCGUACAUGGACUUUAUGACUCGGCCUCGCCUGGUGCGCGCAUUGACAGGCCACAAGAUUGUGCAGAUUGUCUGUGGGGCAAACUUCUCGCUCGUCUUGUCGGAGCGAGGCGAUGUGUUUGCCUGGGGCGAUAACACGUCGGGCCAGCUGUGCUUGCGCGAGCUCAAGACCGUCCCGGUCCCCACGCUCGUCAAGGAGCUGUAUGGCAUUCCGAUUCGACAGCUCGCUGCUGGCGGGCGUCAUACCCUCGCCCUCACGUUCAACGGACAGGUUUAUUCGUGGGGCAACAACCAGUUUGGCCAACUUGGCGUUGGAGACACUGCUCCGCACACCAUCCCAUCACGCCUCAAGACGCUGGAGCACCAAUUCUGCGCGCACAUUGCAUGCGGCGAGGAUCACUCGGUUGUCCUCACCGAGACAGGCGGCGUAUACUCGUUCGGUGCCGGCGGCCAAGGCCAGCUUGGCCAUGGCACCCUACAGAACGAGAUCAAUCCGCGCAUGAUUUUCGAGCUGAUGGGCAAGUCGGCGUCGCAGGUGCUGUGCGGGCGGCGUCACACCAUCGUCUUCUUCCCCAAGACCAACAAAAUCUACGCGUUUGGCCUCGGUGGCAACGGGCAGCUGGGCACGGGAGUCGGCGUCGAGCCGCAGCAACACGUGUUGACCCCGAUGCUGGUUCGCGUCUUGGACGCAACUCCCAUUCUGCGCAUUGCGACUGGUGCGAGCGCCUCACACUGCUUUGCCGUUGUUGGCAACCGCAACCAUGUCGGCGCAGCAGAAUCGGCACAGUUGCCAUGGGAUGCUCGACAUCGCCAAGCGUCGCAGUCUCCGCUCGUCUUGACGCUUCCUCUUGUUCGAAAGCUGCUGGCGGACGCCGCGGCUUCCAAGGACGUCUCUGCCCUCACUCGCACGCUUCAGGUGGCGUUGUCAUCGGCCUCUUGCCUCAACGGCUCCUUCCUUGCGCACGAGCCUGGCCAAGAGCUCGGACCGUCUGCUGCUUCCAACACGGCCGAUGCAGCACGCGCGUUUGGCGCCGUUGUCGACACCGCUGCCACCGCGCUAAAGAGCGCACCGUCAGCCUACCCCGCGCCAGCGCCAGCGCCAGCGCCAAUGCAAAUCGAGGGUCAACCAUCAGGCGCUGCAUCAGACUCUGCAUCAGGCUCGUCCAGCCAACCUUUCGUCCCUUUCGACGCGCCCGAUACGGGCAUUGCAUCCCUUUCCUCACCGGAGCAUGCUGGCCAUUUGGACAGCCGCACGGACGACCACCCAUCGGGACUCUGCCUUCAGCACGUGCGCCUAUUUUGGGACGCGCUUCGCGCUAUCGGCAACACCACGGUCAACGAUGUCUGCAGCAAAGCCCUGCUAUCGCUCGUUGUGUCGCUGUCCCAGAUGCCCAUCUCCAACCUCGACACGUGCAAACUCUUCUUGACUCUGCUCGAGGCUCCCGUCUUUGCCACCUCGCUCACUCCGACCGCGGAGACAAUGCUCAGCGCGAUUUCCCUGAAGAUUCUCGAGUUUGUGCCCCGCGUCCAAGAGCUCCUUCGCUAUUGGUGGUACUUGUUGCCGGCCAAGUUCUUUCUCCGACAGGUGGCCGUCUACCAGCGCUUCCUCUCUCACCUGAUUGACACUGCGCGCUUCAAAGACAAGACAAUGCCGGAUACGACGCGGUACAAAACCCUUGUGCGCGCUGUUCGCCUCAUUGAAAUGCUGUAUUCGCUCAACGAGGUGUCUGCUGGUGGCGCCUCUGUCCUUGGGAGCGCCGUGGCGGCUGACGGUCCCAACCAACUUCGAACGUCGCUCACCCAGUGGUCGAAUCGCACCGUGAACAUUACCUCGCUGGAAACUGCCUCGCGGGCCAUGACCAAUGCACUCUCCAAGCUCACCAAGGAGACUCCGCCCCUGGGAUUGAGCAAACAGAGCGGUGAAGGCGCGACUUUGGGCUGGUCUGUCCAUGACGAACAUUCGCAUGCACUGCAACUCAAUUCCGAUGUUGUUCUGAGCUCGAUCGGCCAAACUAUCGUCCCUCGCAAGGCGUUCAACAACUCCACCGUCUGCUCAAGCAUUUCGCUGGUGGACGACUAUGCCAUGUGGUGCACAGUUCCCCAAACAUUCUCGUUUUGCCAGUACGCCUUCUUUUACGAUGCCGAUGCCAAGGCCAAGCUGCUGCAGAUCGAUGCGCAAAACCAAAUGGCGCGCAAGGCACACGAGGCCUUUUACAUGAACGUGCUUGCCCACUUGCCAGCGUCCUACAUUCUUGGCCUCUCUGUCCGGCGCAACAACUUGGUGCAAGACACCCUGGACCAAAUCAUGAGCAUCCAGCCCUCCGAGCUCAAGAAGCCCCUCAAAGUGCAGUUUGUUGGCGAGGACGGUGUCGAUGCUGGUGGCGUGCGGAAGGAAUUUUUGCAGUUGCUCUUGCGUGAAAUCCUGGACCCCAAGUACGGCAUGUUCGUGUCGAAUCCGAGGACCCGGCUGCUAUGGUUUAGCGGCCAUUCCUUCGAGGCCGAGCACAUGUUCCGGCUCAUCGGCAUGCUGUUCAGCUUGGCCAUCUACAACUCGAUCAUUAUCGACGCGCCCUUCCCGUCCGUCUUGUACAAGAAGCUGCUCAACCGCAUACCCGUUCUCGAAGAUCUCGAGCAGGUCGAUCCGGACGUCUAUCGCAAUCUCAAGUACCUGCUUUCUUGCCCUGCCGACGAGGUGACUGAUCUGGCGCUCACGUUUGCUGUCUCGACCGAUAACUUUGGCGAAGUUGUCACGUACGAGCUUGUCCCCAACGGCGGAGAGAUUUCCGUGACGGCGGACAACCGGCGCGACUAUGUCACGCGUCACGUUGACUUUUGCUCAAUCGCAUC